GAAAAAAACUGUUGCCUGCCACAAUAAAUAGAUAUUUUGAUAGUGUUAAUACUUUUUUAUUUUUUCUUGUCGUUCAUGGAAAAUGCCUUCAGCUUUGUAAACAGUAGUGCACAUAGUAUGCAAGGAGGAGAUAGUCGAUACAACAGAUUGGCUCAAGCGCAAAUGUUUCGAGAUGCUAAUCCAGAUUUGGAGUUGGAAGUCAAGACUAGAAAAGUUACAGAUAAGCUAUCAGAGAGCCUGAACAUAGUUGCCAAUGAGCCCUCUCUUGCAUUUUUCCGCAUUCAGGAGCAUGUUCGGAAAUGCUUGCCACAGCUAGCUGAGACUAAGCAUGAAGUUCAGGAUAUACAAGAGAGUGUCAAGGGGGCUUGCUUUGAUGCUGAAUAUGCUGUCAAUGCUGUUAAGGGUAUGCACCAAAGCUCGGACCACUUCUCCAACAUCCAGGACCUACUGAAGAACUCCAUGUUCCUCAAACAGCAGAUAGAUUAUGAACAAGCUAGAAGGAGCAAUCCAGUAGCAGCAAGUCCUACUGCUAAACACCGAGACAAAAACAAGGCUGAUGAAGAGAUGGAUUCUAUGGUGCAGACAUAAUUAAUUCUAGAAUUGUUAAAGGGUUUUGAAAAAAUUGUUAUUUUCCAUCGAAGUUGUAUUUUCCAUCAGUGUUAUAGAAGAAUGUUGUCUAAUGACCAUUGGUAGCCUAUCAUCAACAUCCAUAGUAGGAAUUUUGUUAUUAGAUGGAAGUUGUAUUUUUCAUCAAUGUAAUAGGAAAAUAUUAUCUAAAGGCUGUUGUUAGCAUACCCAGGCUGUCAAGCGGUCCUUAUUUUCCUUAUUUAUUUUUUUGUUCCUUCCUACUUUUUGGUUCAAAACUCCUGACAUUUCCUACUUUUUUGGUUCAAGUUGUGUAUUUCACUAAAACCUUAUAUUAAUAGUUAGAAAAUGGUAGUAUAUUUGUAGGGUCGUUUCUUUAGGGAAAGCAUAGACUGUAAUCAUCUUGAUGAGACUGUACAGACUGGGGGCCUAUGGCUGCUUACUCCAUUAUUUCACCAAGGUGAAAGAUGUAUAAGAGUCAACAGAUCAGUCUAUGCAGACUCGUCAAGAUGUAUUCUAGUUUGCACAUUAUGUCUGUGAGUAAUACAAAGUUCUGCCCAAAAGUAUGUAAAACUCCUACUUUUUUAGGUCAAAUUCCUUAAUUUCCUACUUUUCUCCUACAAUAUGGUAAAUUUACUCCUACUUUUCUCCUAUUUUUUAAAAGAAGUUCACUUGACAGCCUGCACAUCAUCAACACCCAUAGUAGGAAUUCUGUUAUCACUAUUGUAAGGUCAUACAUACACCCAGGAUUCUGAUGUUGGAUAUGCCUAUAAAAUUAUCUGUAUACAUGUACAUGAAUCUGUACUGUACAUUAGCUGUACAUGGAGUUGAGCUCUCUUGCAUUGACGUAUUGCCGUUUCCGACACAUAUUGCAUACAUGGAUAAUGUGUUCCGUGGAAAGUGCAUGAGACACUUGGCUGUUAUAUUAUAAUUUACGCUGUGCAAUAUUUUGUUUUAAAACUACUUUGCAUUCCAUGUUAUGAUUCUUGUUGUUCCUUUAAUUGCAUAUUAAACUAUUCCGAUGUGUU